AUGAUCUCAAAGGUGUUGUGUUUAGCCGUUCUGGUGGCCGCAGUGGCCGCCCAGUCCGACCAUGGCCACCACGAGCACCACCACGGCUACUCCUCGCAGCACAUCUCGCGCCACGACGGCAAACCAGAGAAAGUCACUGUUCAAGUAAAAGACAAACACGGACACGCUCAUGAAAUUCACGAUUACUACGCCCACCCUAAGUACGAGUUCGAGUACAAGGUGGAGGACAAGCACACUGGCGACCACAAGACCCAGCACGAGCACCGCGAGGGUGACGCCGUGAAGGGCUUCUACUCCCUGCACGAGCCUGAUGGUUCCGUCAGGGACGUCCACUACCACAGCGACAAGCACACUGGGUUCCACGCUAUUGUUAAGCACAACACCCACCACGUCGUCCCAGAGCAUCACCAUCAUCACCAUUAAACUAUUACGAGUAUUAAUAUUAGGUUAUUCGUUAUUACGCUUGAAUGUUAUGUCGUUGAAU